UCCGCCAGCCUUACCCCAGGCAGCGCUCUUUCACUCACACCUAACUCCUCCUGUGAGGAAUUAAGGAUCGAUGCAGGUAACUGUCGCAAGAGCGUUGUGUUGCGCUGCGAUGAUCAGGACUCCGCUUUCCUUCAAGCACCUAUGCAGGAUGACAGUUCGACAUCGCCGUCACCUAACAAACUGCACAAGAGCCCGUGGGGUAAGAUGCGAGAUAUCAUCCAGACUCACCGGGAAUCUGUGAAGAAGAAGUCUCGUGGUAAAAGCACGGGCGAGGUGCUGCCGGCGCGACGCCGCUCGCUCAGCGACGCCGGUGACAGCGACGCCCCGCCAGCACUCACUAUCACCAUACCAUCGUCCGAGGAACUCGAAUCGGAGCCAUCCCACCCGGUGCUUCGCAAACAGCGGUCCUUGGAGCUAGGCGCUCGCCCUCAGCAGCGCCCCCCGCGGCGAGCUGUGUCCAAGUGGAGUAAGGUGAAGCGCGCCUUUCUAACCUCCGCCGCCUCCGCCUCCGCCUCCGUGCCGUCCAGCCCAAGCCGGCACUCCGCUUUCUUCACUGAUGCAGGUUAUAAAGACACAGUAUAA